AUGCCACGUAAAAUCGGUGGAAGGCCAGCGUGUCACUCACAUCAAUACUUUGAGGAAUGCAGAUUAGACAGCAACAAAGAACACGGUAUCAGAGGUAUGGCAUGCCAGAAGCAGUUUGCUAAAAAGACGCCGGCCAGUCGAAAGCGUGAACACCUAUCAGAAGUUCCUGGCGAUCGUGAUGGGCAAACCGUCGGUUGUGUUGCAAAAGAUGAGAAGACUACCUACGCUGGCAAACAAACAGUCAUCAAUCUCGAUUCUGGCAUCGAGGAUGAGGAGAGAGACAAAGACGAAGAUCCCUUAGAGGGCAUCCCUAAAACUCCGAUGAAGGACAAAAAGAAUAAAAACAAGGCCGGGCGAUUCAAAGACACCCUUCUCUCAGGAAAAUCAAAGUGUGCCGAUGCACUCGAUACAGCGAUCGCUAAAGAGUUUGCCAGGCACGACCUACCUUUCCAACUAGUAAACAGACCUUGGUUUAGCUAG